AUGUCUUCUGAUGAGCAAUGCACAAAGAAGAAAGACAGUGGUAACUGCAACUUGAUCCUCAAGAGGUGGUAUUUCAACACGGCUACUGGAAAAUGCGAGCUGUUUUACUACGGCGGCUGUGGCGGCAACGAAAACAGGUUCGACGACAAGAAAGUGUGCGAGAAGAUAUGCAUGGUUCCACAGGAGCCGCUGCACGAGUUGUGUCUGCGUCCUGCUCACCGUGGACCGUGUCUGGCUAGUUAUCCGCGAUUCUACUACGACAACAGCACGCAGUCGUGCCACCCAUUCGUCUACGGAGGCUGCCAGAGCAACGGCAACAACUUUGAAUCACCCGUUUCUUGCAUGAAAUUCUGCAACAACAAUAGCGAACUGCCAUAGUCAAUGCUGAAAAUGUCGUAUGCACGAUGCAGAAAUGGUAAAUGUGUGGUUAACUUGUCUGAAUGAAUUCGUGUUCCUGGAGUACUCUAUGCUGUUUACAAAGUCUAGAAAAUAAAAAAAAAGAAAUCCUGAUGUGACGAAAACUGAAGGGUCGUCUGCAGUGUCUUAAAAAAUUGGCGCA